AUCACCGUAAAAUCAAAAGAUAGUCAACAGGCGCGGCGCAGGAGGAAACCGAGCUUCGACUUGCCAAAGUGAUGCAGAAACUUUGACACAUAAUCCGACUGUGCGGACUCCCCAUCCCUUGCCAUCAUGAUGAGGGUCUUCUUUCCUGACUAUGCUGUCAGUGCCAAGAGUGGUCUAUGCAUCGGCUGGGUGGAUCAUCAGACUCAUACCAUCUGUGUCCUGGCCGUGGUUCACCUUCCUGUUGAUCCAUUUGAAAUCAGGAGACAGUUAAAGUUUAUAGCUGCUUUUUGCCCCCUCUACUUGCAGAUGAUGACAAGCAUCCGACACCAACCUUUGACUAUACUCGGCCCAUUAACCUACCUGAGGGACCCUGACAGGAUCAAGAUACAGCAGCUCUGCCAGCAAGUUUCCCAGGACCUCUGCCUAGAACUCACCCGACCAGACCUCUACAGCUUACCCACAUGCACGUUGUACAAAGAUGGUCAGGCCUUGAUGCAAGACCACCACUUCAUCCUGUACAACCAGAGGAAGAUAUAUGCCUGCUGUCUGCCGGGUAGGAAUGAUGCAACGGACACACCGUCCAACUCGGAAACGACUACCGAUCAGUACAGUCCAACUGCUUGUGGUGAUAGUGGAUGUGGGACAGACCAGUACGGGCGAACGGUUCUCAAGAUUGAAACAGUUUUGUCGAUCAUCCAAGGAGGGGUGCGACAGUUAUGGACAUUGACAGACUGGGACAUUUCCUCGGAUGUUAAGAGGAAAAGCAACAAGUCGUCAGUUAUUCAUUGGAUUGUCUCAUUCUUUGUGUCAGUCUUGGUUUCCAUGGCAACAGUUUCCCUGCUGCCCUUCCGGAGCGACUUUUGUUGCAGGCUAUCGAGAAGUUCAGUUUUCCAGAGAGUUCUGAGAUUCACGCAGACUGGUUGUCAGAUACAGGCCAAGUACAAUCACCUACAGGAGUUGUUAGAUGCACACAGUGCUGAUGGGUCUGACAUACACAGAGUUAGAAGGCAAGGAGCAGAACAGACCGAAUCUCAAACCAGAUGUGAAUAUCUGAGGACCCGUAACCUGUGGACAUACCUUCUGAUAGACAUGCUGGUUGGCGUGCUUCUGAUGUGGUGGAUACAGCGCAACAACUGGCCCGACGCGUGGGCAGAGUGGAUCAUAUCCUCGGCCACUACAACAGCCGGGUCACUGCAAACAUUACUGCAAUGGCUGAUGGGAGCCCCUGCCGGCCUCAAGUUAAACAGCGCCCUCGCCCACUUCCUUGGUCAGUUCUUCCUGUAUCACGUCUACCUUUGGAUUGGUUACCUGUCCAUCAUACAGCCUGUGCUUGGCUGGGCUAUUUGGUGUAUGUCUCUGACAGGGUGUCUGGGGGUGUCCGUCAUCCUAGCUGUCGCCUCCGACACGGUGUCUAUGUUGACAUUCCAUGUCUACUGCUUCUAUGUCUAUGCAGCAAGAAUUUACCGUCUUCAGCUGACUGGCCUGCUGGCCCUCUGGCGACUCUUCCGAGGCAAGAAGUGGAACGUUCUCCGCAAGCGGAUCGACACCUGCAACUAUGAUGUGGACCAGCUCUUCAUCGGUACCCUGCUGUUCACCGUCUUGCUCUUCCUCUUGCCCACGACAAUGCUGUUUUACGCUGUCUUUACUAUGCAUCGACUGGCGGUCAUAUUUCUGGAGGGUGUUUUGACCAAGACCAUUGAUCUUCUGAAAUGGUUGCCUGUGUACUCCAUUCUGCUGUGGCUGACCGGCUCUGAUGUGCUCAUGAGCGGUGUCUACUUUGACCUUCUGCAACAACCCGGGGAGGGUUGCCCAAGAGCAUUGGUCAUGCAGGUCCAACAUAUGAGUCUCUAUGAUGUCCUCCUUCUGUCUUACAACUCCUCCAAGAAGUCCUCCACCCAGCCUGAAUUAUCUGCAUCAAGAAACCCUGUCAUAUCCCUCGCGUUGGAUCUACUCACCGGUUGUCUUAUUUACCCAUGGAGCCUGGCACAGAACAAAACUUAGUCAUUGGGUUUUCAGUUGAAAUCAGUGUUUCUGUAAGAGACAUUCUGAAAUGGUUUUUAGUAAAGAAUGUUAUUUUUUCAUGUGUCGCCAACCAAAUGUAAGCAUUUUUGAAAUUAUUCAGAGGUGCCUAUUACUGUCCAAUGUAUUAAGGUGGACAGCUGGGGGGGGGGGGGGGGCUGAUGGUCACAAGUUGCAAUGCCACAAGUUUAAAUGUUUCAAAGCAUCAAAUGCAAGAAUGUUUCCUCAUCUUGUAACAAAGUACAAUGUUACAAGGGAUGUUUAUCCCACAUGCAUAGAUACCUUAAAGACAGUUUACCCAUUCCCAAUGGUCGAGAGCCCGUCACGUGGCCGGUCUUAAACGGAUGAUCGAAAGACCGGUUGGCUGAGUGGUUGAACACUUUUCCAGUGUCACAUGAAAUUUGGACUCUAUGAAAUCUAGUGCCUUUUAUCGUUUUAU